CGGGGACGGUUUCUCGAAGGCAGUCGGUAGUUGUGGUUUUGCUAAACCUAGAGAGCUUCAAAUUGCUAGCAAGGAGGCCGCGAAGCCUGACGGGAUUUGUAGUCGGCGCGGGAGGCGGGCGCGCAAGCGCAGCCGGCCCCGGGGCGGGGCCCCGGCACUGCGGUGAAAGCCGAGGCAGCGGGCAGAGGAGCAGGGGGCGGGCGGACAUCUUGGGAUCCCGAGAGUGGCCGGGCCGGCAGAGCAGAGGGCCGCGGACACCAGGUCUGUUCUCAGAGCGAUGGGCCUCGGAGACUGAUCUGCCGCCAUGAUUGGAGGCUUAUUCAUCUAUAAUCACAAGGGGGAGGUGCUCAUCUCCCGAGUCUACCGAGAUGACAUCGGGAGGAACGCAGUGGAUGCCUUUCGGGUCAAUGUCAUCCAUGCCCGGCAGCAGGUGCGCAGCCCCGUCACCAACAUUGCUCGCACCAGCUUCUUCCACGUCAAGCGGUCCAACAUCUGGCUGGCAGCAGUCACCAAGCAGAAUGUCAACGCUGCCAUGGUCUUCGAAUUCCUGUAUAAGAUGUGUGAUGUGAUGGCUGCCUACUUUGGCAAGAUCAGCGAGGAAAACAUCAAGAAUAAUUUUGUGCUCAUAUAUGAGCUGCUGGAUGAGAUUCUAGACUUUGGUUACCCACAGAAUUCCGAGACAGGCGCACUGAAAACCUUCAUCACCCAGCAGGGCAUCAAGAGUCAGCAUCAGACAAAAGAAGAGCAGUCACAGAUCACCAGCCAGGUGACGGGGCAGAUCGGCUGGCGGCGAGAGGGUAUCAAGUAUCGCCGGAAUGAGCUCUUCCUGGACGUGCUGGAGAGUGUGAACCUGCUCAUGUCCCCACAAGGGCAGGUGCUGAGCGCCCAUGUGUCGGGCCGGGUGGUGAUGAAGAGCUACCUGAGUGGGAUGCCUGAAUGCAAAUUUGGGAUGAAUGACAAGAUCGUCAUUGAAAAACAGGGCAAAGGCACAGCUGAUGAAACAAGCAAGAGCGGGAAGCAAUCAAUUGCCAUUGAUGACUGCACCUUCCACCAGUGUGUACGACUCAGCAAGUUUGACUCUGAACGCAGCAUCAGCUUCAUCCCGCCAGAUGGAGAGUUUGAGCUUAUGAGGUAUCGCACAACCAAGGACAUCAUCCUUCCUUUCCGGGUCAUCCCGCUAGUGCGAGAAGUGGGACGCACCAAACUGGAGGUCAAGGUGGUCAUCAAGUCCAACUUUAAACCCUCACUGCUGGCUCAGAAGAUUGAGGUGAGGAUCCCAACCCCCCUGAACACAAGUGGGGUGCAGGUGAUCUGCAUGAAGGGGAAGGCCAAGUACAAGGCCAGCGAGAACGCCAUCGUAUGGAAGAUCAAGCGCAUGGCAGGUAUGAAGGAAUCGCAGAUCAGCGCAGAGAUUGAGCUUCUGCCUACCAACGACAAGAAGAAAUGGGCUCGACCCCCCAUUUCCAUGAACUUUGAGGUGCCAUUUGCGCCCUCUGGCCUCAAGGUGCGCUACUUGAAGGUGUUUGAACCGAAGCUGAACUACAGCGACCACGAUGUCAUCAAAUGGGUGCGCUACAUUGGCCGCAGCGGCAUUUAUGAAACUCGAUGCUAGCUGCCAUUAGGCUGCUAGCCCACCUCCCCACCCACCCUCCUCCACAGGUCCAGGUGCCACUCCCUCCCUGCCACCACACGUCAGUGUCUCCUUCCUCCUGCUUUGCUGCCUUCCCUUUGCACCAGCCCCUGAGUCUAGGUCUGGGCCAAGCACAUUGCAAGUGGGACUGGUGGAGCAGUCCCUGGGCACCCCAGGCUCCCUGGGCAGGGUGGCUGAGGUUCCUGCUCUCCCAGCCGCCUGUCUGUCCUGGCCUAGUGCCAGGCUCUGAGUGCUGUGACCAAAGCCAGGUGGGUUCCUUUUCCUUCCCACCCUGUGGCCACACCUCUGGAGUGGGAGGGUUGGCUGCCCCUCACUCGGAGCUCCCCCGAAGGCCAGUAACGGACCCCAGCCCCCAGUCCCACUCUGCUUUGGGAUAGUGUGAGCUUCACUUUGUACGGUGUGACUUCGUCCAGUUACAGACCCAAUAAACUCUGUGGAGUGGA